AUGUCAGGAAAACAGCUGUAUCAAAAUAACAAUCCAAUCGCUACAUCGUCUAAGGACAUAGACAUUCCGCAAAAUGGCCAGAACUCGUCCUCGCUCACAGAUCGCUCCCACUUGACAAGAAAUCGCCAGAAUUCCAACCUCACCAACGCAUCACGUCCACCAGCCGCCGGCCCAAGCACCACCCCCAAAAACCCAACCAAUCCACCCGAGAUCCUCAAACUCCCCCUCGUUCCCAUUAUCCCAGGUCCAGACCCCGAAAAAUGUCCCAAGUUCAUGGAUUUCCGCGAAAUCGACUCCCCAUUUCCAAACGAGAUAUAUUGUCCGGCGGGUCGACACGAGCCCUGCAACUUUGCUAGACCUAAGGAGGAUUAUGCUGUGCGUGCUAAGUCGUUCACGAGUGCGGAUACGUUAAUUGCUCAUUUGAAGGGGGCGCAUGGCAUUUUGCCGUUGGGGAAGGAAGGGACUUUUACGUGCGAGGCGAUUGGUUGUAAGGGGCGGUUUUGGUUUGAUUGGGAUUUGAGGAAGCAUCAGAGGGAGACGAGGCAUAGAGAUUGGUGGUGA